UAAAUACAGUCACAGUCAAUUCUGUGUGGUGCGACAGGGCAUUAGUUUCAGGCCUAUAAUGGGACGAUCAACAGACAGGACAUGUUUUCUACCUAAAGUUGGCUGCAGCAUUCAGAUUUCACAGAGUCUGUACAUUCGUGAGUUAUUUUAUUAAACUUCCUAAACUAAAGAGUCUGCAGAGAAAAAUAGGCAAAGAGCACAACAGAAAAAAAACACAUAAAGACAGAGAGAAAGAUAGGUAGAUAUAGAGUGAGUUAUUUAUUAUACCUUUUUCUGCUUUGGCAAUGUAAACAAAUGUUUCCCAAGCCCGUUAAAUCAAAUUUGAAUUGAAUUGUAACACGGACAGGGAGAGCAACAGACAGUGACUGAGACAGAUAAACAGAGAGAGUGAGACAUAAAAAAAACAGGGAGAGACAGACAGAAAGGCCACAGAGAAAAUGUGUGGGUGUGUGUGUGUGUGUGUGUGUGUGUAAGGCAGUCGUCACCUGUGUUGUUUGUGGAUGGAUGUUCAUCGGUGUGUGUGCUCAGUUUGCCCUGUGACCUCAGAAUAGAAGCAUUGUCUCGUUUGUUUGUUUUGUGUGUGUUUGUGUGUGUUUGAGUGAGGCCGGUCAUGUGUGCGUGGCUGCCUGCGAUAGUGUGGGUGCGUGUACUGGACUGGCCGACUCGUUUACGGGAAGCCCGUUCCCGGGGAACAGGGAGCUCAGAGGAAGAGAGAUGGGACCGGCUGAAUGGAGAAUGUGCCUCCCCUGAUCCAUCCUACCCUUGGCCCCUAGAAGGCCCCUUCUACACCACAAGACAAGCCCCUUCCCCCGUCCUGGGUCCGCCUGCCCCCAGCUCCCCCCCAGCCCUAUCCUGUGGCCCCCCCCUGCCCCCCACCACGUCUGCAGAGUGGGUGCCGGCCCCCUCCCCCGGGGGCACCAGUGAGGAGUUGAACGAGCCUCUGGACAAGCCUCUGGAGAAUGAUGCUGAGGGUGUGUGGAGCCCCGACAUCGAGCAGAGCUUCCAGGAGGCCCUGGCCAUCUACCCACCCUGCGGACGCAGGAAGAUCAUCCUCUCCGACGAGGGCAAGAUGUACGGACGGAAUGAGCUCAUAGCGCGGUACAUCAAGCUACGCACAGGGAAGACGCGGACAAGAAAGCAGGUGUCGAGUCACAUUCAGGUGCUAGCACGACGGAAGGCUCGGGAGAUCCAGGUGAAGCUGAAGGUACGCUACGACCAGGCUGCCAAAGACAAGGCCCUUCAGAGUAUGGCUACCAUGUCCUCCGCCCAGAUCAUCUCAGCCACUGCCUUUCAAAACAAGAUGGCUCUUCAGGGGCUGUCCAGGCCGCCAUAUCCCACAGCCGGCGGGUUUUGGCAUGGGAGUCUCUCAGGACAGCCUGGAGGUCCUGAAGACAUUAAGCCCUUUUCCCAGCAGAGCUACGCCAUGCAAGCAUCCGGCCCACCCCCCAUAACAGGCUAUGAGAGCACAGCAGGCCUGCCGAUGUCGCCGGGCACCCCCCCGUGGCAGGGCCGUAGUAUCGCCAGUUCCCGGCUCCGCAUGCUGGAGUUCUCCGCCUUCCUGGAGCAGCCACAGGACCCAGAGACUUUCAACAAACACCUGUUUGUGCACAUCGGUCAGUCCAACCCCACCUUCAGUGACCCGUACCUGGAGGCAGUGGACAUCAGGCAGAUCUACGACAAGUUCCCUGAGAAGAAGGGUGGGCUGAAGGAGCUGUUUGAGAAGGGGCCACCCAAUGCUUUCUUCCUCGUCAAGUUCUGGGCUGAUUUAAGUGCCAACCUGCAGGAUGACAGCAGUUUCUUCUAUGGUGUAUCCAGUCAGUACGAGAGCUCUGAAAACAUGAUCAUCACCUCCUCCACUAAGGUCUGCUCUUUCGGGAAGCAGGUGGUGGAAAAAGUUGAGACAGAGUAUGCACGCUUUGAGAAUGGCCGCUAUGUGUUCAGGAUUCACCGGUCCCCACUGUGUGAAUAUAUGAUCAACUUCAUCCACAAGCUCAAACAUCUGCCCGAAAAGUAUAUGAUGAACAGUGUUCUGGAGAACUUCACCAUUCUGCAGGUGGUGUCCAACAGGGACACACUGGAGACCCUGCUUUGCGUCGCCUAUGUCUUCGAGGUGUCCACCAGUGAGCACGGAGCCCAGCACCACAUCUACAGGCUUGUCAAAGACUGAGACUGGCCACCAAUAACAACAGCCAGCCCAGCCAUGGACAGUACCCUGCAAGCACCACACGACUGUCUGUCAGGAGGACCCAAAGAAGCACUUGGCGGAUUGCUCGCCCCGUGAACCCAGUGUGGAAGAGCUGGAAGUGGGGAAUCGGGAGUGAAUUAUACGCGUGUGAUGUGAGCGAAAAUCGAAGGGUGGGAACCUUCGUUGCGGUAUCUAAAUGUACUGUGGUUCUUACACGAGGAGCCAAACGUCAAGGCAAUGCAUGAAAAAAAAAAAAAUCCCCUCUCCUUCAUCUCAUUUUAAUAGUGCUUGCUUGUUUGAUUUUGUUUCUUUUUACACAGCUGCAUGAGCUGGGAUGUUUGAUUGUCCAUGAGCGCCACCUAAUGACUUCUAAUGUAUAUUACACACCGAAGAAAGCAGAGGGCACGAGGACAGACAGGACUGAAAACCCCAUGACUGCACGACCAUAUCAUUGUUUUUGGUGCCAAUGUUUGUGUUGUUUGAGUAAAAUGAUGUACAGUACCACAGCCAUCCCCUCCAAGUCUCUACUGAAAAUGGCAACACUAUGAUUCAAAGAAAUGUUGUAUCCAUUGGAUUUGAUGUCAAAAUGUAAAUGUAAUGUUUUUUUGGACUAUUGCUGAAUGACACUGAGUACAACCUACUGUUAACUGGGGUUGAACCAGGUUGCAAUCUGCCAUCUGGCACUGAUGACUUGUUACAGUAUAAAGAAACUGGUGCAGCUGCACUUCUUUCUCGCUUGGAACUGAAGUUUAAGAUGGAAAAACAUGUGCAACUCCACAGAAAUCGUACUUGACAGAUCAUGUUGCUUGGUAUUUGUUCUUCAUGUGAUCUACUGAGAAUAAUAUAAGAAAAUAUCAAAUAAUAGUAUUGUUAUAUAAAUAAUAAAGCAAUGAUUUAAGUUUU